UCUUUACACACCAGUUAUAUUAUCCGUCAAACAACAACAACAACACAGCAGUGUUUAUAGCAUAUGGGCCCAACUUGACGUUUCAUAGGGAUUGUUUUGAUCCUUGCCAAGGUGUCAUUAUUGGGAUAAUCGCCAGAAAGUGCUUUAUCAAUGCUCUACUUAUAGAUAUCUGGCUUUAAGUCAUCGAUGUAAAGACAUGAAGAAGCACAGAGAGCUAUGGAGAGUAGAUUCUGUGUGUUGAGCGACACCGAAGACCUGCAAACACUAAUAUCAAACACUGAGAGCAAGCUCCACUUUGAAAGGUCUAAGACACUGUUUGAAGAGAUCCGUGCCUCCAUCAACAACAAUGAGGAGGAGGACCGCUCCUUCUGGAGGCCUGUGCUGCCCUGGGGGGGCAUCUUCACCAUCAAAGCAGGGAGGAAGGCCAUCUCCUGCACCCCUCUGUACGUCACAAUCCACCUGAAGAACACCUGCACCAUCGACGGCUUCCUCGUCAUCCUCUAUGUGAUCCUGAGGGACAACCAGGGCUUCCCCAGGGAGCUGGCUGUCUUCCUGGGCAAGCAGUUUGUGGAGUACUUCCUCCACCUGAUGGACUCCUGUGACUACACCACGGUGAAGAUGCUGUGGAUCUGGGACAGGAUGUCCAAGAGACAGUACCGGUCUGAGAUCCACCAGGCUGCACUGGAGAUCGAUCUGUUCGGUAAUGAGCACGAGAACUUCACGGAGAACCUGGAGAACCUCAUGUCCACCAUACAGGAGAGUCUGUGCACCAGCUGGAGCUGCCCGGCCCGCUUCCAGGACUUCAUCAAGAUCACAAUCAACAUCAGUCCUCCUCAUGAGCUGCCUCACAGAGACCCCAUUCAGUCGGCCGUGGACGAGUUCUUCUGUCCCAAACUCCUACUCUGCUCAGAACUGGGGUGUGAUGGUCUAAGGGAGUUCUCUCAGAGGGUUUUCUGCCACGGACCCCCACCCUUUGUCAUUCUCAACAUGCAGCAGUGGAAGUCAGAGGAGCUGUCCUACGUUCCUUACCAUCUGGCUCUCUGUCAGCACAGGUACUUACUGGAGGGCGCCACACUCUUCAACAAGGAGGAGCAUCACUACUCCGCAGCCUUCCAGAUAGACGGCUGCUGGAUGCACUACGACGGACUGAGGAGCGACAAUCUGAUCCUGUUACACAAGCCGCCGGAGCUCCUGCUGCUCUCCUCGCUGGUCUACAUCCGCUCAUCCGACAAGUGAACUCAUCACAAGAGGACACACUUGAUGAUGAUGAGGAGGAGUCACAGCAAGCAAAAGACUGCAAGCAUUCAUCCAACCUUCCUACGGUUACUUUGUCAUGACCCCACGGAUGACGUUACAUUACUGUAACCGUGUUUCUCCACUUAUCGCAUAAUUCGUUUUUUAUUAAUUCCUGUCAGCUGUUGCUUCAUUUCACCUGAAUGCUUGCAGAAAGUUUACUGCGCUAAAUGACUUCUUUUUGGGCAUGCUUGGAAUCCAAGAAUAUAAUGGACUAUAAUAGUUCUGGGUUGAUAUGCAUAAAUGACAGCAGCAGUGAGUAAUGCACAUUAUAUGCAUGUACAGUUACCCAACACACAAGGGAGACCGACAUGAUUUUAAAAACGUCAUGGUUGACAUUGACUGUGUAUCACAUUUACAUCAAAAGUGUAUAAUUAUGUCUGUUUAGCUUUACAUGUAUGUUAUGUAUGCAUAUCAGCCCUUUCCUUAAUUAAACAGGUGCUUUUUCUAUUUACACUGUGAUCUGAGGAUAAGAAACAUGCAAACGAGGCCAACGGUUAACUUCUUUUUUGUUAAGAUGCUUGAAUUGAAGGCAAACAUUUAAUGAGUUAAUGUUAAAAUGCAAAGUUCUUAAAUUAUGUAUAAAGGCUGAAGGCAGUCUGAAAUAUCUCCUUUCUGACGCUACAAGCUUAAAUAUUACUGUGCAUACUGAUAAAUUCAAGUAUUUUCACACUAGCUCAGCACACACUGCAGUCACCAACACACAAAAUAUGUGUAUUCACAUUUUUUUAAAGUAGUUUUUAACCUUAAGAGUAUAAGUGGUAUCACACAGUGCCUCUGCCAAGUGAAGUUUGAAUCCGGAGUAUAAAUCUUUGAUCAUGAUCAGUUGUUAAUUGCUGUUUUUUCUAUGCAGAAUACAAAUACAAAUAUUUUGGAGUA